AUGGAUUUACUCAGCUUGGCUUUCGCCCUUCUCUCUGCAGCUCUCAUCGUCAACAUCCUAUUCCUAUGCGGAUGGCUCAAGCAGAAGCCAUCGCGUAAGACCAAAAUGCUUCCUCCCGGCCCAAAAAAAUGGCCUGUAGUUGGUAACCUUCUCCAAUUAAGUCCACUUCCGCACAGGGACUUAGCUUCUUUAUGUGACAAAUAUGGGCCAUUAGUCUACCUCCGGCUUGGCAGCGUAGACGCCAUCACCACCAAUGACCCAGACAUCAUUCGGGAAAUACUUCUCCGGCAAGACGAUGUCUUUGCGUCCAGGCCAAGGACCCUAGCCGCGGUCCAUCUCGCCUAUGAGUGCGGGGAUGUGGCCUUGGCGCCUCUAGGCCCGCAUUGGAAGCGAAUGAGAAGAAUUUGCAUGGAGCAUUUACUAACAACGAAAAGGCUAGAGUCAUUUGCAAAACACCGAGCCGAUGAAGCCCAACAUCUAGUAAAAGAUGUUUCGGCACGAGCUAAAACUGGGAAGCUUGUGAACUUGAGGGAAGUUUUGGGUGCCUUUGCAAUGAACAAUGUGACUAGGAUGUUGUUGGGGAGGCAAUAUUUUGGGGCUGAAUCUGCUGGCCCACAAGAAGCCUUGGAGUUCAUGCACAUAACCCAUGAACUGUUUUGGCUAUUGGGUGUUAUCUAUUUGGGUGAUUAUUUGCCAAUUUGGAGAUGGGUGGAUCCCUAUGGGUGUGAGAAAAAGAUGAGGGAAGUGGAGAAAAGAGUGGAUGAUUUUCACAAAAGGAUUAUUGAAGAGCAUAGAAGGGCAAGGGAAGGGAAGAAGAGAGAAUUUGGUCGAGAAGAUGAUGGUGAGGAAAUGGAUUUUGUUGAUGUUUUACUGUCAUUGCCUGGUGAAGAUGGAAAAGCCCACAUGGAUGAUACUGAUAUUAAAGCUCUAAUUCAGGAUAUGAUUGCCGCGGCAACAGACACAUCAGCUGUGACCAACGAAUGGGCCAUGGCCGAAGUGAUCAAGCAUCCACGCGUCCUCCGUAAGAUCCAAGAAGAACUCGAUACUGUCGUGGGUCCCAAUCGAAUGGUCAACGAAUCUGAUCUCCCUCACCUUAACUACCUACGCUGCGUAGUACGAGAAACAUUCCGCAUGCACCCUGCUGGGCCAUUUUUAAUCCCACACGAGUCCCUUCGGGCCACGACCAUCAACGGUUACUACAUCCCUGCCAAGACACGUGUCUUUAUCAACACCCAUGGGCUGGGCCGAAAUACCAAAAUAUGGGACGACGUGGAGGUGUUCCGGCCCGAGAGACACUGGCUAGCUAAUGGAACCCGAGUGGAGAUAAGCCACGGAGCAGAUUUCAAAAUACUGCCUUUCAGUGCUGGGAAGAGGAAGUGUCCUGGUGCGCCACUUGGGGUGACCCUGGUGCUUAUGGCUUUGGCCCGACUCUUUCAUUGUUUUGAUUGGGCCCCGCCGGAGGGUUUGAGGCCGGAAGAUAUAAAUACGACUGAAGUUUAUGGGAUGACUAUGCCCAAGGCCGAGCCCUUAAUGGCUAUUGCCAGGCCACGCUUGGCGGACCAAAUGUACCAUUGA